AUGCGUUUAUACUCAAUUGCCAAUUUUGUGCUGGCUGGCUGCAUCUGGCUGCCUGUGCAGCAUGCGGAGGGGCACACUGAUGACAGGCUGCAGCCCACCGUUGAGAGCGCCCGCGCCCGCGCGCACCCCAUCUUUCGAGCCAUCAACAACGCCGGCCGCCAAUGGGGCUCUGCCAUGAAUCAUAAUGGAUUCAGCUUCUUCCCUGCUAUUAUUCCUGCUGGCACUGUCCUGUACCAUGGUGGCCUCACGGAAGAGCGCCCCGAGACGUUUGAGUGGUUAGCCUUCGAGAUUGAACACGCCGAGGCCUUCGCAAUAGACGUGGCAUUUCCGGUCGCUGGCGGCAAUGAUGUGCAAACCGAACAAAAAAGUUCCAAAAUGGAGGGCCUGUCUGCUGCGCAGAAGAUUCUGGGACGGAGAGCGCAGGUAACCGGGGGCCACGAACGGCACCAUCCUGCCGGAUACAUCCAGAGCCAUCAGGCAACCAAGGAUCUGCAUGUGCUUUAUAUCGACGGCAUGUCCGGAGGGAAGACCGACAUGGGCACCAUGGAUGCUGAACUUUACGUCUUGUACGGAAAGACAAACGAAGAUUUCGAGGAUGGCGAGUUUACCAGAGCUAGAAAGGUAUGCGAGCUGAUAACGAAAUGGGGAUACGAUGGCUACGUCCGGAUGGAGAUUGGGUUCGAGUAUAUUCAUUGCGACUUCUCAAGAGACGUCGAUAUGAUUGCCAGCGUGGCAUUGUAUACUCACGAUGGCCUAGUCAGCGACUCAAGCAUGGUUUUCUUCCAGUGGGCUAGGGCCGUGGCGGAGGACUAUGACGGCAUUGGCUCCGACCGACUCCGGAUUGAUUACUCCUCUAUGGUGUCGGGGCUUUUUUACCCAAUCAACAUCACUACCAUGGACCCCGAGCGGCCAGACCUGAUGCGUCUAGCGACGGCUGGGAUGGAAGACUGUCAGAAGCUCAAGCCUGAAGUCGAGCUCUUGGCGCGCCAGCCGCGACGAUUUACUGCCAACUGGCAGGCAGUGACGGAUACGAUUGUUCGGCGAUUCGCGAAUAGACUCGAUUUCAUGAAUACGGACGACAUCAGUCAGGCACACUUACUUAACGAGCUUGAAACGGCUUCAAGAACAUAUAUCAAGGCGCCCGGGCUAAAGGACUCCAAAUCACCGCUCACCCCAAAAUUGCUAGACGAGGCGAUCUCCAGGUGCAUCGCGCAGCCUCUUCUCCCUGCGACCUAUAAAAAAUCACAAUGGUCAAGGGAAGAUGAGCUCAUUGGAGUGGCUAUAGAAGUUGUUAUCAAGAACGUUUGCUCAGUCAUACUUCAGUCCUACAAUGCCGUGCGUGCCGCUACCGAAAAGGAUAUAUUAGAAGGAGUGGACACAACAUCGACCCAGGUGGACAAGGCUGCAAAGAGAGCUCAUCAGGAUGUCAAGGAUCUGGUAGCCACGCUCGGCUGGAGCCAAUGGAAGAAGGUCCAACGCUGCCCGCACGACGAAUUGCUUUUCACCAUCAUGUGGCCUCUCGGCAACACUGAGGACUAUUUCCACCCGGGAUGCCUGCCCAUCGAAAAGAUCAACCAGUCUAGAGAGACCUACUUUCGAAACAACUUCGCAGGCGGCCCGAGGCACGGAAAAGAGGGCGGAGAUUGA